AUGAAUCAAAAAAUUUCCUAAUCUAUGUUUAAUAUUAUCAAAAUAUAUCCAUCAAAACAUUAUUCUCAUCUCAUUUUAACAAUUUAACAGUUUACUAAAAUAAAUUUACACAGAUUGGCAUUCCAUUAAGAGAAAACCCAUAUAUAUAUCUACUUUAAAAAUCAAUCAUUUAUCAUUAAUUAGACUAAUAAUUUUGAAUAAACAGCAUACUUAUGGUUGCAAGAAGAUGCUGAUAAUUUUUAAGUUUAUUAUAACUCUUAAGUUUAUUCUUAAUGUGAUUAAAUUGUGACUAAUGGCUAUGAUAUCAAUUAUAUAGGAAAGAUAAAUACAAUAGAAUACUUAGGAUGA